UCUGUUGCUGCAUCGAGAAUGAUUGCUGCUGCGGUUGUGCUUGCUGUUGUUGCUGCAUGUGUUGUUGUUGUUGUUGUUGUAGAUGUUGUUGUUGUUGCAACUGCUGUUGCUGUUGCAAUUGCUGUUGUUGUUGCAAUUGCUGUUGUUGUUGCAACUGUUGUUGUUGCUGGAACUGUUGAAGUUGUUGUUGUUGCUGUUGUCGCUGAGCAGCAAUUUGUUGCUGUUGUUGUUGUUGCUGCUGCUGUUGUCGCUGAGCAGCAAUCUGUUGUUGUUGUUGCUGGAGCAAAUACAACUCCCUCUGUCGCUGUUGUUGCAUGA